AUGGUCGAUAAUUCCCUAUUAUCUGAAGGUACUACACCAUAUUAUACAGAUGAACGUGAUUUUGGUCGUUUUUCUGAUCAUGUUACUGUUUGGAUUGAUAAAUAUAUUGGUGAGGAAAAUACCUAUGGAAAUUUCAAAGAAAAAUUUGAUAAUAAUAUUCAAGUACUUCAAUCAAAUAAUGUAAAUGAAAUGGAAAUUGAUGAUGAUGCUAUGUUAUGUGCUAAUCCAGAUAUGCUUAAAAAAUUAACUCAUGAUGUUUAUUGUUUAAAAUAUUUUUCUACAAUUGAAAAAGGUUUAGAAUAUAUUCAUAAAAAUUCUGAUAAGAAAAUUUUCUUUAUAUCAUCUGGUACAAUUGGAAAAAUUAUUGUACCACAAAUAGCAAAUUUAUCACAAAUUCAAGGUAUUUAUAUUUUUUGUGGUAAUAUUUCACGUCAUACAGAAUGGGCUGGUGAAUAUGUUGAUAAAAUAGUAGCAAUGCUUGAACAUCAAGAUAAUUUAUUAGAACGUCUUACACGAGAUAUUGCUGAAUAUGUAGAAAAAAAAGGUGAUGAAUAUAAAACUAAUGAUAAAAUAUUACAAGCACGAAAUUGUUAUGCAUGGUCAAAAAAAUUAUUAAUUAGAGGACAAUUAUUAGGUGAUAUUGGUACAAAAAAAUUAAUUGAUAAAAUUACAAAAAAAAUUGAUGAAGUACAAUCUUCAGCAGAAUGUCAUAGUUAA